UAUUUUAGCAAAGCCUUAUAAAGAUCGAGCUCAUGUCUGAAGGCACAAUAGCUAUGAUAGAGGAAGAAAAGUAAAAGUUGAGAAGUAAGCGUUAUAUUGUGAACCAUCCAAAACAAAGUCAAGUCCUCACGAAGAAGAGAGAGGCGUGAGCUAUCAUUUCAAAAAUGGGUCUUUGCAGAUUGCUUGUUCCACUCUCGGUUUGGGUUAUAAUCACCCUCUAUACUUUUCUCUUCUUUGGUUACGCUGCUUGGGCAGAGAAACGAGGUGGGUUUCAUUAUCAUGCACUGAAUAUCACAGCUCAGCUUAGGGAAGUGAGCUCGCCCACACUAGAACUAUAUAAGACCUAUCAACAAGAGAAAUACAUGGGAAAGAAUCCUUGGACGCUGCAAGUUUUUCAUAGAGAUAGUCUAGUGGGGGGAAACGUGAGCUACGAGCAGAGGUUCAAAGAGAGGCUCAGAAGGGAAUCCCGGCGGGUGAAGGCGCUCAAUAGGCGUGUAGAGAGAAAGCUGAAGGGGAAGGAGAAAGAAAGAAGAAUAGAGACCAAGGCCAAGACUGAGGAUUUCGGAGGCGAGGUGACGUCCGGCAUGAUGGAAGGCAGCGGGGAGUACUUUACACGCAUAGGCGUGGGGACUCCAGCGAGGGAGCAGUACCUGGUGUUGGACACGGGCAGCGACGUAGUAUGGGUGCAGUGCCAGCCAUGCAACGAUUGCUAUGACCAGACCGAUCCGAUCUUCGAUCCGUCAACCUCGGCCUCCUUCACCUCAGUCUCAUGCGGUUCAGCGGUGUGCAAUGAGCUGGAGAAGUUCGACUGUAACAGCCACGGGUGUGCUUAUCAGGUGGCUUAUGGAGACGGGUCUUAUUCCGUCGGGAGCUUCGGUACAGAGACGCUCACAUUCGGGAACACGAGAGUUCAAAACGUGGCACUCGGGUGUGGGCAUGAUAACCAGGGUUGGUUCGUGGGUGCAGCCGGAUUGCUUGGUCUCGGGGCCGGCGCCUUGUCAAUCCCUUCACAGCUUGGGUCAUUAUAUGGUACCAAGUUUUCCUACUGCCUCGUCGACCGAUCAUCCGAAUCCUCGGGCGUGCUCGACUUCGGUCCUGGCUCGGUUUCGCCUGUUGGGUCCGUCUUCGUUCCGCUUCUCCGAAACCCGCGAUUGAGUACGUUCUAUUAUGUUCCACUGACGGCCAUUAGCGUUGGUGGGUUGCUGGUUUCUUUUCCGCAGAAGGUCUUUGAGUUCGACGAGACGGGUCGGGGAGGCGUGAUAGUGGACUCGGGCACGGCCGUCACGCGGCUGCAGAGGGAUGCUUACGAAGCCGUGCGUGACGCCUUCGUGGUGAGCACCCAACAUCUUCUCCGGGCCGAAGGAAUGUCAAUAUUUGACACAUGCUAUAACUUCGCUGGCCUACAAACGGUCCGUGUUCCUACUGUGAGUUUUCAUUUUCUCAACGGGGUUGUUUUGACUCUGCCGGCUGAAAAUUAUCUCGUUCCUGUGGAUGUCAUGGGGACUUUUUGCCUGGCUUUUGCACCCACAUCGGAUAGUCUGUCAAUCAUAGGCAAUAUUCAGCAGCAAGGCGUCCGGGUGUCUAUUGAUUCUGUCAACUCUUUCGUUGGCUUUGCUAUUAACCAAUGCUGAUUCAGUAACCAACGAUCAGUCAUGUCAUUGAAAACCGUUUGGUUUGACGUUUUGUUGCCCUUAGUUGUGUAUGACAUGUUUUACACCGUGUAAGACUACAGUAUUAUUGUUACCAUAUGACGUUGUAUGCAUAGGUACUCUCUGUUAUGCUGCAUUAAAGUCAAGUCUGGUUGUCAGGGGAACGUGGAUGGGAACCAUAUUUUCUUCCCGCCAAUGAUAAAUUUGGUUUCUUAUCCACCAGUCUUGAAGUAAUGAUACGUAUUUCAGGUUGUUCUGAUCCGGCACAUACUUCUAUG